CCUCCUUCCGUUUAUUUCUUAUUUUUAUCAGCAUGUCCGACGGAUAUUAUCACCAAUCUGGAUACCCUCCUCCACCACCGGCAGAUGGCCCACCUCCUGGCUAUCCUCCACCGCAAUACGGCGGCCAUGGGUAUGGGGAACCUGAUGGUGGCUAUGGCGGAUACCCACCACCCCCUCCUCCCGCUGACGGUGGCUAUGGUUACGGCGCACCAGAUGGCUAUGGACAGCCUCAGGAAUACCCACCACCCGUACCCCAGUCUUCGUAUCCAUCAGGUAAGUAAAUAUUCGAAAAAGGAGAGAGAGUGCGUGUGUGGAGUGUAAAGGGCUUGGCGCGACCCGGCCCAGUUUUGGUUACACACAUUACAUAUUAGAACAUUACGGCGGAGGCAUGGCAAGAGCACAGGACGAUGAUGAGGAUGAAAAUACCUUUACCGAGCAGCACGACAAUAGCCAGUUCUUUUUAAAAGUGAAGCCUAAUGCCGCACCUGCCCAUUAUAAGUUGUCUGACUGCCAUGGACGCAAGCGGGCGCUGCUGAUUGGUAUUAAUUAUUUCGGAACAGAGGCCGAGCUUAGCGGUAUCAACGAUGUCCAUAACAUUAAGGAUUUCUUGACCACACUAUAUGGAUUUAAACCGGAGGAUAUGGUAGUCCUUACCGAUGACCAGCAAGAUCCAAAGAUGCUCCCUACUCGUGCCAAUAUCAUUGCAGCUAUGCAGUGGCUAGUGAACGAUGCACAAGAAAACGAUUCUGUUGUUAAAGACGAGUCAGGCGACGAGAACGAUGGUUACGAUGAAACAAUAUAUCCUCUUGACCACGAUCAAUACGAAGGCACUUCCGGACAAAUCAUUGACGAUGAUAUGCAUGACUUGAUGGUCAAACCUUUGCCCGAGGGAUGCAGAUUAACUGCAAUCUAUGACAGUUGUCACUCAGGCACAGCAUUAGAUUUACCAUACACCUAUUCGACCAAGGGAACAAUCAAGGAACAGAAUGUGUUUAAAGAUGCAGGCUCUGGAUUGUUGGAAGCUGGAUUGGCAUACGCUAUGGGUGAUAGAGAUGGUGCACUUUCAUCGUUGAUGUCGCUUGGCAAGCAGAUCAUAAGCUCCCGCGACACGGAAGAAGAGAACAGAGAAAACAACAGCUCGGCUGCUGACGUUAUCAUGUUCUCUGGCUGUAAGGAUGACCAAACCUCUGCAGAUGCCAGUGAAGCAGGUAAAGCAACCGGUGCUAUGUCGUAUGCAUUUACCACAACGUUGCGAGAAAACCCACAUCAAUCGUAUCAAGAGCUUUUAAACAGUGUCCGCGACAUUUUGCGCGACAAGUAUUCACAGCGACCUCAGCUUAGCUCUUCUCAUCCAAUCGAUGUAAACUUGACGUUCACCUGUUAAUAUGUGGUUCAAUAAUUAAAAACGAGGAUGACGGAAAUUGCUAUGGUUUUGAUGAGAGGUAGAGAAAGAGUAUGUUUAUUAUGUGUUAUCUGUCUAAAAUUAGGCGAUCAUCCCAACUCUCUGGUUAUAUCGUAGUAUAAUCCCUCUCCAUUUUUUUUGUAAAUUUGCCUACUCAACAGUUUUGAUCUCUUUUGGAUAUGGAGUACAUAGAUGAUACUUCUCUGUAUCCAGUAUUUGUUUUUGAUGAUCAGUUGUGCAUCAUUUUUUUGGAAGCGU